GAGCGACGGCGACGAUGCUGCGCGGAAGACCAUGGCCUGCCGCCGCACGAGAAGCUUGCGGCGGUCGCAUUCGACGCAUUGCCUACCCUAUUGCGCCACUACCCGUCCGGCGUCACCUCCAGACCAAGACUGUUACCGACGAUGACAUAGCCCGCCUAGCGGCCACUCCCCUGCACCCGCUGACCCUCGCCGACCUCGUCAAGCAUGGCCGUCCACCCCUGUCCGCGCGCCAGCUGUUCGACUCGGCCAACUUCACCCUCUCCAUCCUCCCUUCGCGCCUCGCCCACCGUAUCCAAUCCCUCCGAAACCUUCCUUAUAUCGUAGUGUCGAAUCCGCACAUCUCGCAGAUCCACAGCAACUAUGUCCACUCCCUGUCCACUCUGCUACCAUGGGCUGAAAAGAGGAUUGAGACGCUCGAGGACGAAAUUCACUUCACCGAAGCAAUGGCCGACCUCGUGCAGACCCAUUCCAACACCAUAAGCAUACUCGCCAGAGGGUUUCUCGAGGGAAGGAGAUACAUCAGCCCGCAAGAAGUGACUCGCUUCCUCGACGAGCACCUGCGCGCCCGCAUUGGCACCCGUCUCAUCGCCGAACAGCACAUCACGCUCCAUAUGUCCUCGCAACCGCACAACGAGCUAUCCGAUGACCCCGAAACCUCGGCCAAGCGUGUCGCGCGCUCCUCAUACAUCGGUGUCAUUGACACUGAAUUGCGCCCAGCGGACGUCAUACGGCGCUGCGAGGGCAUGGUUGGGGAAAUUUGCGAGUUCAAGUACGGUGUCCGGCCCAGACUGAUCAUCAAUGGCGAGCCGAACUACAAAUUCGCCCACAUUCCCAUGCAUCUCGAGUAUAUUAUCACGGAGCUGUUGAAGAAUGCCUUCCGCGCCACCCUCGAGCGCGGGAUGGAGAGAGAGCCCAUCGAGGUCACUAUCGCGCCUUUGCCAGAAGAUCCAGAAUUGGAGACAUCUGGAGGUAGUACUCCUGUCAGCAACAGCUCGUCAGGGUCCGAGCGUCGAUCUUCAAUCACAAACGAGGCACAAGGCAAUGCUAACCGGGCAUCCAAGACGGACGCCAUGCUGGAAAAAGAACAGCAAUCGUCUGCCAUUCGCGCGGCUACGGCUCAAAUACGCCCUCUCAAGGAGAGAACACCUGGUGUGACGAUUCGUAUUCGUGACCGCGGCGGCGGAAUUCCUCCGAACAACUAUUCCCGCAUCUGGGAGUACAGCUUCACGACAUUCAACGAUGACGACGUGCGCACCAUUGGCCAAGGAAGCGACAUGCACGGUAUGGAUGCAUUGAGUGUCAUCAGUGCAGGUGCAGGUGAAAAUGGUAGUUCGCUGGCCGGCCUUGGUUAUGGCCUGCCGCUAGGCAGAGCUUACGCUGAAUAUUUUGGUGGCGGAAUAGCAGUGCAAAGCCUAUGGGGCUGGGGGACAGAUGUGUAUCUGAGCCUGAGAGGGGUCGGUAACGUUGGACAAAGCCAAAGAGGUGGGCGGUGACAAUCGAUCACUGAGUUUUGAUAUUCUAUCCAAAAAGGCGGAUGCUCUGCUCAGUUCGAAUUUAAAGCGGAGAGAAAGUUCUUAAGGCGUCCAAGCUGGACCGCACAGGACUAUCACAGUCUGGGAAUUUCUAGAAUCUAUAGAAGGGGCGUUUGUUCAAGUUUCGGGCACUGGGGGAGGCAGUUCGGGAGUUCUUGACUUGGUCUACCCGACAGGACAGCAAACCGCAAGGCUCUCCAAAUUUUUACAGAAUGUCCGGAUGCCAUCGAUUAGUAUAAGAGGAGGGAGUAGUCGGAGAGCGGAGUGCUCAAACCUUUCGUAAGUGGAGCACUACAUCACAGUCUAUUGUAACGAAAAUGUAUGAUUUUACGACAAC